CGUUGGCCGUCGCGUCGUUGAACGUGCUUUGCUCGCGCGGAGAUUCAAAGGGAAAAUGUGCAAUUAGAAAUAGUGGUUUUUACGUGAAAUUAGAGGUUUUUAAAGUUUUUAAAAGUUGAAGUGAAGAGAAUAGUUAAGAUAAUUGAGCUGAAGUAAUUUCGCCAAAGAAGUUAGACUGAACCAUGUUCUCCUUCCCGGCCCUGCCCGUCGAGUACAGCAACUUCCACCGUUCGUCCCAGCUGGUGUCCAACGCGCUCGCCAUGAGCAACACCCCGCCGGGCUACCCGUCGCCGUGGCUCGUACCCGGCCAGGACUACUCCCCUCUAUCGUACUCGGCAAUCCAGUCGCAUAACUCAGCCGCACCCAUCAAUCAUCCCCCCGUUGAUCCCAAACAGCUCGAGCAGCGCAAGGAAAAGUCCCGCGAUGCUGCGCGAUCCCGAAGAGGCAAGGAGAACUCCGAGUUCUACGAGCUGGCCAAGAUGCUACCGCUGGAGGCGGCCAUCACGGGUCAGCUGGACAAGGCGUCGAUCAUCCGGCUGACGAUGAGCUACCUCAAGCUGAAGGAGUUCAGCGAGCAGGGAGUUCCGACUUGGCCUAGGGAAUCCAUACGAUCCAACGACAUCUUCGAGAACCACAUCGGAACGCACAUCCUGCACCUGCUGGACGGGUUCUCGCUCGCCACCAGCGUAGACGGACGCUUCCUGUACAUCUCCGAGACGGUCACCAACUGCCUGGGGUUGUCCCAGAUCGAGCUGACCGGCAGCAGCAUCUUCGACUACGUCCACAAGGACGAUCACGCCGAGCUGGAGCACCAUCUCGGGAUCAAGAAGAACCCCGACUACUCGGACUACGUGUAUCCGGAGCACUCGACGCCCUCCCCGACCAAGGACGUCAAGCCGGAGCACCUUUCAGAAUCGUUCCAAGGAGACGAUCGAGCCCUCUGCAUCCGGAUGAAGUCCACGCUCACCAAGCGGGGUUGCCACUUCAAAUCGUCCGGCUAUCGGGUGAUCCUGCUGCUGUGCCGACUCCGCAAGCGGAACGCCGACAUCGAUCAGCGCCAGUCCAUGAUCGGCUCGGUCGGCAUCGGCAUGGAACUGCUGCCUCCGGCACUGCACGAGAUCAAGCUGGAGUCGGACAUGUUCACGUUCCGGACGGGGCUGGACCUCGCGAUCGUGCACUGCGAGGCGAGGAUCACCAGCUUUUUGGGCUACUCGGCGGAGGAGCUGCUCGGGAAGAGCGUCUACUCGCUGUGCCACGGCCAGGACAUUGAGAAACUUCGGCGGAGUCACAGAGAACUGAUCGAAAAGGGCCAAAUUCUGACCCCAUUCUACCGGAUCCUGCACAAAACGGCCGGCUACUUCUGGAUCCAAACGUGCUACACGAUGGUCUGCCAGUCUAAGAGCGCGGCCGACCAGACGGUGGUGUGCGUCAACUACGUCAUCAGUGGGCCCGAGCGGGACAGCCCGAUUCUGGACAUCACGCAGGUGCCGAACCUGAGCGCCGAGGACUGCGACAGCGGAUUCCGGGUGAAGCGAAGCGCAACGGCCACCUCGGCGGAGGUGGAGAUCAACGGUGAGGAUCACGACCUGAACGGGAAUCAGCUGUGCAGUAAGAAACCACGAAUCAAGGCAGAAAGUCCUGAGCGCGUCUCCAUUAUCGAGCACCACGUGCAGACUGAGAAGAAGUCUUCGAGUGGCAGGAAGAGCUCCUCGAACCGGGCCAGUGUAAUCCGGAUGUCGAACAAGACGUCCUCCAAGAAGGUGCUUCAGGAAAGCGAAUAGAGUUCACUAACUGUAAGGUCCUGAGUAAUUUUGAAAGAAUUUUUAUAUAGUUUAUAAAGGGAUUAGGAGUACGAGCCACUUUUGGUUUUACUCAGGAACUAAGUUUAGUACAAAUAUGCAAUUUAAAGAAUACUUCAUGGAAAUGCCCACUUCAUCAGUUAAAGUAAUAGGGAAUUACGUGCAAAAGUUAAUCGUCCAGUGCCAAAAUGCAACUGUAGUUAUAAAGCAAAA